AUGCUUAGCAGUAUUUCGGCAGCAACAACAACGCAACCUUUGGCAACAACAGUGGUUUAUAAUAAUCAUUUAUUUUUACAAACAGCUGCUUGUCAAGCUAUUGCUGGAGCAUUUACUUGGGCAGCUAUUCUAAUAACUGGUUAUCAAAUAUUUCUUCAUCUAUCUCAUUAUACAGUUCCAUCGGAACAAAAAUGGAUAAUUCGUUUAUUAUUCAUUGUUCCUAUUUAUGCAUUUGUCUCAUGGCUUAGUUUAAUUAUGUUCAGAAAUGAUUAUUAUUAUGUUUAUUUCCAUGCUGUUCGAGAUUGUUAUGAAGCUUUUGUCAUUUACAGUUUUCUUUCACUUUGCUAUGAAUACUUGGGAGGUGAAGGGGCAAUUAUGACAGAAAUUCGUGGAAAACAUAUCGAACGUAGUUGGUGGACAUGUACAUGUUGUAUGUCAAGUCAAGAAUAUACAAUUGGAUUUUUAAGAUUUUGCAAACAAGCAACACUUCAAUUUUGCUUAGUCAAACCUUUAAUGUCAAUUGUCAUACUUAUUUUACAAACAUUUGAUAAAUAUAAAGAUGGAGAUUUUUCAGCUACCGAUGGUUAUCUUUAUAUCACAUUUAUCUAUAAUAUAUCAGUUUCAGUUGCACUUUAUGGUUUACUUCUUUUCUAUGAAGCAACUAAACAUAUUUUAGCUAAAUAUGAUCCUGUAUUAAAAUUUCUUACCGUUAAAUCGGUGAUAUUUUUAACAUUUUGGCAAGGAGUUCUUUUGGCUCUUUUUGAACAAUUGGGUAUUAUUCAAGCAUUUCAAGGUAAAACAAAUUUAAGUGUUGGUACUGUUGCUGCUGGUUGGCAAAAUUUUUUUAUCUGUAUUGAAAUGUGUUUGGCUGCUGUGGCACUUCGUUUCGCAUUUCCACACCAAGUAUAUACAACACGUGAAAAUUAUCUUUCAGGAUCAUCAUCAAAUUCUGGCCAAGGAUCAUCAACUACCGGUGCAAGAGUUGUAACAAUGCAAAGUAUUUCAACUAAUCUUAAAGAAACAAUGAAUCCAAAAGAUAUUAUGCAUGAUGCAAUUCAUAAUUUUCAUCCUCAAUAUCGAGAUUAUACACAAUAUAGUGCACGUGCAAACGAUGAUCGAUCACCAGCAUCAACAUAUGGUUUAAAUCAACAUUCAACUAGUGCCUUAUCAUCAACUAAUACUCCGACACCUGGCGAUACUUCUUAUCAUGAAGGUGGAACACCUACAACUCCAACAGGAUUUCCUGUUCAAGCUCCACCAAUAACAAAUACUCAAAAUCAAAAUACAAUUCUUCAGAAUUUAUCAGGAAAAUUAAUUCCAAAAUCUUUUUCAAAGAAAGAUGCUGAAAAAGAUAUGUUAUUACUCAAUGAUGAUCUUUAA